AUGGCUCGUUUACCUACUGAUGUUGAAACGGAAAUCGAUCGAUUUUGUAAUGAUAUUAAACGAAAUACUUAUACACGUUCGGCUGAUUUAGCUUUAGCUACGAUAUUUAUGUUUAAAAAACUUAUUGGAGAAUCAAAAUGGUCGAAUGCAAGUGAACUUAUUACUCUCAUACGUUCUCAAGCUCAUCGACUCAAUCAAGGACAACCAGUGGAUAGUAUUACAUUUAAUAUUACAAGACGUAUUCUAAAAUUAAUUCGUGAUGUAUCAGCUCGAAUAAUUCAUGGUAAAAAUGAAGGUAGUGAUAUAUCUCUAACGCUUCAAGCUGUUCUCAAUGAUCGCGCAGCGACAUCGACUUUCAACGACGAUGAUAAUGAAAACAUUGAAGAAAAUCUUCAACCAAAAACACAACAAAUUCAAAGGAAUCUAACCGAUUCAACUCCGAUCAGUAAUGCCGAAGGUGAAGUAUCAGUACAACGACUUAAACCUGAAUUAAUGGAUGAUUUAAAUUGGUAUUCAUCGGAUAUUGAAUUAAGCGUUAAAAAUCUUUCACAACAAGCCUUAGCCCAUAUUCAUGCCAAUGAACUUAUAUUAACAUUGGGCUAUUCAUAUACAGUUGAACAAUUCUUUAAAUAUGCUGCUAGUAAAAAUCGUAAAUUUCAUGUAUUUAUCUUGGAACAUGCACCGUUUUUUACUGGACAUAAAAUGGCAGUGAAUUUAUCUGCAUUAAAUAUUCCGGUUACUGUUGUUACAGAUUCAGCUGUAUUUGCUAUAAUGGCACGAGUGAAUAAAAUUCUUAUAGGCACACGUAGUCUUCUUGCUAAUGGUGGUUUAACAGCAAAGUCCGGUACAUAUAAUUUAGCAUUAGCUGCUAAACAUUAUAAUGUUCCACUACUUGUUUGUGCGCCAACAUAUAAAUUUUCUCCAACGUAUCUUCCAUCGUUCGAUCCGGUGAUGUGUAAUACCUUUCCAUCGCCAGAAACCAUUCUUUCGUAUGAAUCGAUAUACCAAUCAUCAUUGGAUAUUGUCGUACCUAUGCAUGAUUAUGUUCCGCCGGAAUUAGUCACAUUGAUUAUUGGUAGUGGUAUGGGAAAUGCACCUUCAUAUGUCUACCGAAUUGUUAGUGAAUUAUAUAGUGCUGAAGAUAAUGAUCUUGAACGGUUACAAAAAGAAUCCUUGAAAUAA